AUAAUGAUAAUAAAGUACAAUUAGGGCAGGUUUCACGCUACUAAACUCACUCACCUCGCAAUUCUCACCCAAUCUGCCAUCGGUAUUCACCAGCCACCACCAGUCGACCACCGCCGGCCGUUGCUCGUCGCCGGCCGUUGCUCGUUUCCGCCGCCGCUGCUCGUAGCCGGCCGCUCACAAGUUGGCCGCUCACUGUAGACGUCAUCAUCAAUAGGAAUUGGAACACCUUGGCGAAAUUUCUGAAUUCGCCACUGCCUCAAAUACCUCUGAAUCCAAUUCGACGAAUGUUUAGCAUCGAAACGUGAUAAUAUUUCGUCGAAACUAUAAUAUUGGCGGAUCGUUUUGUCUUCCUUUGAGCUGUCGCCAUUGUUUAAUUCUGAAGUGGAUGGCGGAGGUUUUACAGGCGAAAGAUGCGGAUGAAUGGGCUUAUAGAGGAGAAGGAGCUGUGAACUUGGUUCUUUCCUAUUGUGGAACCUCUCCUAAAUUUGUUGGGAAGGUGUUACGGAUACAAAAAGUUUCAAAUAAAGUAUCUAAAUAUGAGAAUGGUCAUUCAGCUCUAACCAAGGAUGAACGAGUCUUGUGGGGACAAUUUGAAGGCAUUGUUGCUGCCCGGACAAGGGAAAUUGCAGAGCAACUGUAUGUGCAAAAAGUAAUGUGCCCAUUGUUGGGUUCUGAACAUGUUGAUGCAGGUAUUCGCAUUCUUGUGUCAAGAGAGUUUUUAAAGGCAGUUGAAAACAAAGUUCUUCUUCAGCGUCCUACGUUGCGUGUUGAUGCUGCCAAAGUCAACCCCCUGUGUGAUUCAGUUCUUGUCAUUGCUGAUCAUUCAAUAUUUCCUUCUGUUAGAGGUAUUCUGAAAGAGGACUUUUGUCUGUCGGUUGAGAUAAAGCCCAAAGGUGGAUUUCUUCCUACUUCAGACUUUAUAGAUGAAGAAAAUGCAGUCAAAAAGAGAAUUACUCGCUUUAAAAUGCACCAAGCUCUGAAAUUGCAUGAUGGAGUGAUAUCAAAAAUAAGUAAAUAUGACCCACUGGAUUUGUUUUCCGGAUCCAAGGAUGGAGUACAAAAUGCAAUUAAGUGUCUGUUUCUUACACCCCAGAAUAACUUCCGAGUUUUCUUAAACGGUUCGCUUAUUUUUGGAGGCAUGGACGGUGGUGCGGCAGAGUGUGUGAGUUAUACGGUCGAUCAAGCAUUCCAAGACGGAAUUAAACGUGUUAUUGUGGCAAAAGAUGGGAUGCACUCAAAAUAUUUUCUGGAACUCGUUACUGAAACUGUUAUGAAGUCCGGUUUGUUGAAUCAGCUUCUUGAAGUACAGAAGCUUGAUUCUAUAGAUAUUGAAGGGGCCAUCCAUGCCUAUUACGACUUUGUUUCUCUCCCUUGUAUGGUCUGUCGUAAAAAAGGUGAAAACAAAUUUUCGGGAAGAUAUUCAUCAAUACAUUCAAUGUCAAAGGAUGAAAAAUUAAAACUUGUGAGGAAUUACUUGAUAUCUGCCACCGGAAAGGACCUAAGUAUGAUGAUUAGUUUUAGGCCCAGAAAAAGUAUGGAUGUGGAGUCUCCGCAUAGGUCUGUACUCCUGAAAGAAAUCAAUCAAACUUUUGAUUACAAGGCAUCUUUCAUUGACCUGGAUAUGAAACCACUGAAGAAAAUGGAGUAUUACUACGAGUUAGAUCAGCAGAUAGUUAGCUGCUAUGUCCAGAUGGUAAAAGACGAUGAAGCAAUUCAAAAUGGUGUGGUGGGCAUCGACGGUUCUUUAAACUCUUACAUAGCCAAGUGGAAAUAAAUUCUCAAAUGGAAGGUUAAUUGAGGAGCUCAAUGAAAGAGGCAUGCCGGCUUUUUUAAUCCUAUGAAGACAGCGAUGUAUCUAUUAGUUUGGUGCCGUUUGUUUCCAACCCAUACGAGCAAUGAUUUUUUUAUAAAGCUAGAUUUUUUGGACUUAGUGUUGCUGGAAAUGGUAUGCUGGGAGAUGGAUUAGAUUACCGUUCAUCCAUCAACUCUAGGAGAUUUAGGACAAAAAGUUAGUUGAAUCAGCGACAAGUUAGUUGUCUAUGGUUUUAUGUAGUUUGUAUCAGUAUCUAUCUAUCUAUCUUGUAUACUCUCCGCCUUUUUCUUAAUAAAAUGUAAAUUUUCGCACUUGUAAUUUUCUGUACAUUUAGCUGUACUGGCUACGAAUUUUGUUCAUGUGUAUCUGGUGGAGAUUUAUUGACAUAAGGACGGCAUUUUAGCAGCCGAGUUUACGAGUGUAUCUUGUGCUUGAAAAUUUCGACGAGCCUGCUUGUUUUCAUCCCAGCUUCGAAGUUUCUUUGAGUUCGGCUGAUAGAAUCUCAUCCCGUUUCCAGGUGGAAUCCUUCAACAACUUAGUGGCUCUACCGGGUGUGCUAAUCCGCUCGAUAGGAAAUUCUUCGGGAAGGGUUCUAGACGAAGAAGAAGAGGUCCCGUAUGUAGUAAGAUUGAUUAUCGUUAAACUAUUUUUAGUAUAUCGGUUUGUUUAUGAGUUGAACUUAGGUUGGGGUUUGACAAUUUUGGAUAUGGAGUUAUUGGUUUGAAGGUUUCUGCACU